AUGGCAGAAUAUGAAGCUUGCAUUUUGGGUUUGAGGCUAGCUGUUGAUAUGGGAGUCCAGGAACUAUUAGUUUUGGGGGGUUCAGAUUUACUCGUCCAUCAGAUUCAAGGUGAAUGGGAGACGCGAGAUUUAAAGCUCAUGCCAUAUCGGCAAUACUUGCAAGAUCUAUGUCAACGGUUUGUGUCAGUAAAGUUUAGGCAUAUUCUAAGAAUUCACAAUGAGAUUGCUGAUGCCUUAGCCACUUUAGCUUCAAUGCUCCAACAUCCUGACAAGGCCUAUAUUGAUCUAGUGCAUAUACAGAGUUGUGAUCAACAUGCUUAUUGUAAUGCAGUUGAAAAAGAACUCGAUGGUGAACCUUGGUUCUUUGAUAUCAAGCGAUACAUUCAGUUACGAGAAUACCCAGCACAUGCCACCAGUGAUCAAAAAAGGACUAUUUGGCGUUUGAUCUCUUUGGGUCUUCAAUGUAGGAAAUCAUCAUCAGUGUCCAUCGGUGAAUUCAAAGGAACUCGUAAUUUUCAGAUCCUGAAUCCAUCUCUUACAGGGUCUGCUCGUGAAUUAAGCAAAAUUUCAAGCUCACUCAGCUUACAAACUCAAAAUCUUCACUAUGAUGAUGAUGAUAAUGAUGAACUCCAACUCCAUCGAGAACUUAUGCCUAAAAAUAUUGCUAUUAUAAUGGAUGGUAAUAGGAGAUGGGCAAAGGCUAAGGGCUUACCAGUACAUGAAGGUCACAAACUUAUUACACCAAAAUUAAAGGAGAUUUGUGAUGUUUCUUCUAAAUUAGGAAUACAAGUUAUCACUGCUUUUGCUUUCUCUACUGAAAAUUGGAAACGGUCCACGGUACGUGUUUUUCUUCUUCAAUUAUUUGUGAUUAUUUUUUCAUUGUCUUUUAUCAAUAGGUAUGGAGUAAGAGUGUCUGUUAUUGGUUGUAAAUCCAACCUUCCUAUUAGUUUACAAAAAUGCAUAGCAUCUACAGAAGAGAUCACAAAGGACAACAAAGGACUUCAUCUUGUGAUUGCACUAAACUAUGGAGGAUAUUAUGACAUAAUUCAAGCAACUAAAAGUAUUGCUAGUAAAGUAAUGAAUGGUUUUUUACAUCUAGAGGACAUCAAUGAGAAUUUAUUUGAUCAAGAACUUGAAAGCAAGUGUCUAAGUAUUCCAAAUCCUGAUUUACUCAUAAGAACAGGAGGUGAACAAAGAUUUAGUAACUUUUUGCUGUGGCAAUUGGCUUAUUCUGAAUUCUAUUUUACCAAGAUAUUAUUUCCAGACUUUGGUGAAAAAGAACUUAAGGAGGCAAUACAUAAUUUUCAGCAGAGGCAUAGACGCUUUGGUGGACACACAUAUUGA